AGAGACUGCCCUUCUUUGCUAUUGCAGAGCUGCGGGGAAGCUGGAGCCUGUGUAUCCCGUGAGCUGAAACAGAGGAAACUUUGUUAAGCUUCAUUUGUACAGAGGAAUAUAUUGAAAGACAGAUAUGCAUGCUCGGAUUUUUCGCAUCUUGAAACCGCUCUGUCGUGCGUAAAAACGUCAGAAAUGGACACUUUCCGAAAUGCAGAACCAGCACGUUUGAUGGGAAGCUGGCUUUUUUAAUUAGGCUGCAUUGUGCCAGAGUUUGGACUUUUUAUGCCAUUACUGGAAGCCAAGAGUGGGGUCCCCGUUCCCGUGUUAGUUCAAAGUCAAGGAUCUUGGAGUCUGAAGCUAUGGAGCGAGUCGCCGUCUGCGCGCUUCUGUUGUUGGAGGUCACUCUUGUGAAUGCCUGCUCCACUCUCAAGUUCACUGAAGCAGGACAGUGCUGCAGUCCCUGUCCUGCUGGCUAUGAAGUUCUGGAAAAGUGUGGGAAGGAGGAUACCAAAUGUUCCCCAUGUCCACGGGGAACAUUUUCUGAAUCUCAAGGCCUUGGUCGUUGUCUUCCGUGCAGCAAUUGCCCACUCGGAGUUCCUACUCUGCGCCCCUGUUCAGCCACUAGAAACACAGAAUGUGAAUGUGACGACGGCUUCUUCUUUUUGGCCCAGCAAAGCGUGUGUGCCCCUUGCUCCAAGUGCAUGAAGGGUACGGGGGUCGUUCAGGAGUGUGGCAUUCAGGGAGAUACUGUGUGCCAGACAUGCAGCCCAGGGACCUUCUCAGAAGUGGAUUCGGCCGAGAAGCCUUGCCAGACCUGCACUCAGUGCUCUAACAGCGAGGUGGAGAUCCGAUCCUGUAAUCCCUCCUUCGACACUCUCUGCAUGGAUAAGAGGUUGCACAUUAUUUCUCGUCCUACUGACACUGAAGACCGACCUGGACAACAUAAUGUAAAGGAGGUGGAGGAAGAGACUAGCCCCGCAUCGGGAAAAUUGACCCCAGAGGAUGAGGCGGGCAGCAAUAAUAUUCUGGCCUACGUAUCAGUUCUGGCUGCUGUGGUGCUCGGCCUUCUUCUUUACGUUGCCUAUAAAUGCUGGAGAUCUUGCAAACAGAAGCAGGCGCUCUCUAAGGCUCGUGCAGCUGAGCUGGGAACAUCUCCAGAAGGAGAAAAGCUCCAAAGUGACAGCGGGGUUUUUCUGGACUCCUACAGCCUGCAGGACAAUCAGCCCAGUAAAGGUACCAAAAGAAACAGCAAACAGGACAAUCGGCUGUACAUCAACCUGCCCCCCCAUAGAAAGGAAGAGGUGGAGCGCCUUUUAGAAGAGGGUAGCGGCCGGGGAUGGAGGCACCUGGGCUUGGCUCUGGGCUAUGAGUCCGAGCAGCUGGACCCCUUCGGGCACGGGGAGGCCCCGGUGCACACGCUGCUGUCUGACUGGGCUCAGAAAGAAGGCUCGUCGUUGGGACUGCUGUGCUCCGCGCUGGCCCGCAUUGAGAGGCCCGACGUGGUGACAGCUCUUACCUGCCCCUCUCAGGGCGUGUCUGUGGUCUGACAGGGGGUCGGUCGGCUCUUCUCAAUGAAACUUUGAUAUGAAAAGGGAAGCACUCUGUUUACAACUUUUUAUAAAAGCUGCCACUUAUUAUAAUUUUUUAAAAUAACUUUUUGUCAAAAAAAAAUUCCUUUUUUGACUUCAAUUUCCUUCAUGUUACGAGAGCAUUUGCCUUUGAAUGAACUCUGAUGUCAUGAAUAAAUGUCCAUACCUGCAGGAAGAAAUCCACCACUGCCACCAAAGCAUCUUUACGGGACUGUCAGUCAUCUGAAACGAGGUGGAUUCACCCUAAUAUCUUCAGUUAUAUCAUUUUAUUCUGACUAUAUACACAAUUACCAUAUAAUGUUAAUAAUAUAAUCAUGUCAGUCAUGGCUCAAGCAUUUGAACAGUACAGAUUGAUAUUGAACUUUAUCAGAUACAGGUGGCAUCUUGGAAAAAGGAUGGACCCCAGUCUGCCCAAGAAAUCCAGCCAGGGGUUCAAAUUCUACUCGUAUUUUCCCAGCCUCAUUCACACAUUUCAUAUUCUCUGUGUAGACAGGAACUGCUCAGAAAGCUUUUUUUUUUGGCUUGUAUAUAUAUGUCUUUGUAAAUCCUGCAGCCACAAGGCGGCUGUGUACUUUUUUAUUUUACCCUGAAAUCGAACCCCAGUCAACUAUCACAACUCUUUAAUAAAAGACAAAAAAGAA